AACCCAGGAGGUGGAGGUUGCAGUGAGCUGAGAUCGAGCCAUUACACUCCAGCCUGGGCAACAAGAGCAAAACUCUGUUUCAAAAAAAAAAAAAAAAACCAAACAAACAAAAGAAAUGGAACUUUUAAGCAACAUUUGGGGCCCACCUGUCAACGUACAGGUCCUAGCUGUUGAUGGGGUUCUUAGAAACUGCAACUUUAAGGGAAACUGUAUAUCAAAACCAUUUUUUUUCCCCAUCAGUGUUACAGUGAAACAAAGUUAUUCCAAGACCUGCUGCUGUACAUACUUUUGGUAAAAAUCAGUUUCCAAGAACCUAUUGCGGAUGUUAAGAGAGGAGUUACCUUGCCGCGGUGACUCUGGGAGAUGAAGCCAUUUUAUUCCCAUGCUUGUUAACCUUGUGCAGGUGCGGGAAUGCAGGUGGCUGAGUAGGUUAGAUUGAGGACAUUGCAGCACAGCUCUGGUAAAAGAGUGACAUUCUGGAUGAUGGUGAGAAAGGGCCUGCAACCAUAGCAGUGGAACUCAGGUUUGAUAGGCAGGAAAGAAAGUCCGUAUAAUUUGGGAGGUUCUGGUGUCUGCCCGCGGAGGGGAGCUACGUGAAGCUUCUCAGGAUGGGGGUGGGCAUUUCCUGUUACCACUUACAGGACAGCGAACAUUUGCUGUUUCCCUGCACACAUCCCCGCUGAACCCACGCAGUGUCUUGUGAGAGCAGGGAGCGUGUAGACAGCCACUGGGCCCCUCUGCGCCGAGGGCUGCAGUGAUGUGGGAGUGAGAGUGUGGCAGCUUCGGUGCUCAGCCCACUGGAGGGGGACAGUCACUUGCAGAGGUCAUGUCCCCUGUGCCCACUGUGCCGUGUCCACUGUUGCCCCCUCUGGAUAUGCUACCCAGGCGUCUGUGCCUUGGUCUGUACCUUUUAUAUUCUCCAGCAGCGGGCUCCCCUGGUCUCCGGCAUCUGCUUGGCUUGUGGCAAUGGGAUGAAGAGGGUUGGAGGACGGGGAACAGGGUUCCAGAGGUCUGGGGGAAACUGAGGUUGGGUUUCUCUUCCCACGGCUCCCUCCCCACCAGGCUGUGGGAUGGGUGUGGUGCAUCCUCUUCGGCCCCAGCUGCAGUCUUGCUCCCCUUCCACUAGCCUUCUGGGCUCCAGCACCCCUCCCCACCUUACCCGUUCAGACCUAGCAGGCCCUGAUUCCCCAGGGUGGCCAGCACCUGUGAGCUUCCACAUUUCUUGUUCAUGUUCGUUGAGACUAUUCAUCCCUUUGUCAAUAGUCUGCACAUUAACCAAUCCCCCAGUGACCUCAUCUCUUUCGUCAGGAAGCUGGGGCAGAAGCAAUAGGUUAUUUUUAUAGAGCAGGGGUCAGCACACUACCCUCGACCUCUUGGUAAAGUUUCCCUGAAACACAGCUGUGCCCAUUCGCUUACUUGUCCAUGGCUGCUUUUGAGUCCAACACAAAAGCUGUUACUCAAAUUGUUGAUUUGCUGUUCCUCAAAUCAACAGCAGAUUUGAGGAACUGGAACAGAGACCAGAGGGCCUGAAAAGCCUAAAAUAUUUACCAUCUGGCCCUUUAGAGAUUAAGUAUGUUGACCCCAUGGUAUGGAAGCCAGCACAUGGGUUGCUGGCCUGAGGGCCAUCAGGCCUGAAAGGAGCCCUAAGUCUAUUCCUUAUGAAUUGGGUGCCCUUGGCCUACAUACUUUACCUCCCAAACUUCGGUUUCCUCACCUGUGGAAUAAUCAUUGCGCGUAAGUUAUUGUAAGAAUUGCAGUUACCUUUAUCAGCUACUUUUCCAGGAGCUGCUCUCGUUUGAGGAUGUGGCGAUGUACUUCACCAGAGAGGAGUGGGGCCACCUCGACUGGGGUCAGAAGGACCUCUACCGAGAUGUGAUGCUGGAGAACUACAGGAACAUGGUCUUGCUGGGAUUUCAGUUUCCCAAACCUGAGGUGAUCUGUCAGCUGGAGAACUGGGACGAGCAGUGGAUCCUGGAUCUACCGAGAGCUGGGAGUAGGAAGGCUUCCGGUAGUGCUUGCCCAGGUUCUGAAGCCAGACACAAGAUGAAAAAGCUAACUCCAAAACAGAAGUUUUCUGAAGAUUUAGAGUCAUAUAAGGUAUCAGUGGUAAUGCAGGAAUCGGCUGAGAAACUUUCAGAAAAGUUACAUAAGUGUAAAGAAUUUGUGGACAGUUGCAGGCUUACUUUCCCUACUAGUGGCGAUGAAUACAGCAGGGGCUUCCUUCAAAACCUUAACCUUAUUCAAGAUGAGAAUGUGCAAACCAGGUGGAAGCAGGGCAGAUAUGAUGAGGAUGACAAACCCCUCAAUCAAAGAUCUUUUCUUUUGGGGCACGAGCAAAUUCUCACAAGAGCAAAGUCUUACGAAUGCAGUGAAUGUGGAAAAGUCAUUAGGCGUAAGGCAUGGUUUGAUCAACAUCAAAGAAUUCAUUUCUUAGAGAAUCCCUUUGAAUGUAAGGUAUGUGGGCAAGCCUUCAGACAGCGGUCAGCUCUUACGGUCCACAAACAGUGUCACCUGCAAAACAAGCCAUACAGAUGUCAUGACUGUGGAAAGUGUUUUCGGCAGCUCGCGUAUCUUGUUGAACAUAAGAGGAUUCAUACCAAAGAAAAACCCUAUAAAUGUAGCGAAUGUGAAAAAACCUUUAGUCAGAAUUCAACCCUUAUUCGACAUCAGGUGAUCCACAGUGGAGAAAAACGCCAUAAAUGCCUUGAGUGUGGAAAAGCCUUUGGCCGGCAUUCAACCCUUCUAUGUCAUCAACAGAUACACAGCAAACCGAACACCCAUAAAUGCAGUGAAUGUGGACAGUCCUUUGGUCGGAAUGUGGAUCUCAUUCAGCAUCAAAGAAUCCAUACAAAGGAGGAAUUCUUUCAAUGUGGAGAAUGUGGGAAAACGUUUAGUUUUAAGAGGAAUCUUUUUCGACAUCAGGUCAUUCACACCGGAAGCCAACCCUACCAAUGUGUCAUAUGUGGAAAAUCUUUCAAGUGGCACACAAGCUUUAUUAAGCACCAGGGCACUCACAAAGGACAGAUAUCCACGUGAUAUUAACUGGAAGGCAGUCACUGAAGGACUAGAACUUAACCUCUACUUCAAGUGUGUAUCACAUGAUUGUUUUCAUGAAAAGCAAUAAAUGUAACAGAGGGUUUUUCUA